AUGGCGACACGUGUACCUACUGUAGCAUCAAGCCAAUGGCUCCAGAGUCUUCGAAAGUGGUAUUACAAUGCUGCAGGAUUCAACAAACUUGGGUUAAUGCGUGAUGACACACUUUAUGAAGAUGAAGAUGUUAAAGAGGCCAUAAGGAGGCUUCCAGAGAACCUGUAUAAUGAUCGAAUGUUUCGUAUCAAGAGAGCUUUGGACCUGACCAUGAGGCACCAGAUCUUGCCUAAAAACCAGUGGACAAAAUAUGAAGAGGACAAAUUAUACCUUCAGCCAUAUCUGAAGGAAGUUAUACGUGAAAGAAAAGAGAGAGAAGAAUGGAAUAAGAAAUAAUCACAUCAAAAGAAUAUCAGUACAUUAGUCUUGAGAAUAUUUUUUAAUAGGGAUGGUUGUACAAAAUAUGAGGUUAGCUAACCAUU